AUGGCUAUCUUCCUCGCCUACAACGAUGGCGUUCUCUUCUUUGUCCUCACCAGCUUUGCCUCCCUCUGGACAAAGAGAUAUCAUCAAUCGGUGUUGAUCAGUGGCGUUCAUUAUGUCGCUAUUGUUCUCGGCUAUACUGUCGGCUCUCCUGGUGGCGCUCGAGUCACCGACUGGCUCUGGAAGUAUCUGACACACAAGCGAGGACAGACGGCACCUGAAUAUCGAAUUCCCUUGAUUUUCCCAGGGAUUGUUUUCCUAGUAGCUGGUCUAUCAUGGUAUGGCUGGACAGCGGAAGCAAUGGCUCCGUGA